AUGACCUCAACAGUCGACAGAGACCUCCUCCAAUGGGCGCGCGAUGCAGCCUCCCGCGGCGAAGACCUCUUCGCGCUCCUCGGCACAGAUGCAACCGCCACCGAAUCCGACAUCCGGCGCGCCUUUCGGCGCCGCGCGCUCACCGCGCACCCCGACAAGGCGGGCGCGAACUAUGACCCGGCGCUCUACGAAAAGCUCGAGCGUGCGAGGGAUACAUUACUUAGUAAAGAAGCGCGGGAUGUAUACGAGGCAGAGAUGAGGGCCGUGAUGCAAAGGAAAUUGGAGAGGGAAAGGAUGGGGGAGAAGAGGAGACGAUUGGUAGAAGACUUGGAACGGAGGGAGGAAGAGGCGCUGAAGAGGCAGAAGAUGGGGGUACAGAGGCAGACAGAAAUUGAUCAGGAGAAGGCGGCGAUGAUUGCAAGGGGGAGGGCGAAGAUGGAGGAGCUGAGAAGAUUGAGAGAGGAGGCAGAGGUUAGGGAGCGGUUGGCGAGGGAGAAGGAGGAGAGGGAGAAAGGGUUGUCACGAUCGGGGACGGAGACGCCGGUGCCUCUGGCGGUUGAGCAGGGUCGGACACAAGGUCAGAAAGAGCAGAUGCACGAUGCUUCGGCUUCGGCGCCGGCCUCAGCAGCUGACGGGGACGACUAUGAUGCGCGGAUUGCCGAGCUUGAGAGACGCUUGCGCGAAAAGCAGGAGAAGAAGGCUGCUAAGAGGGCACAGCGUGAAGCGAAGAAGGUCGGAGAAGACAGUAGCGAGACGCCGAAAGAAGCUGCUCCAGAGCUCAAGGAUACGACACAGCCUUCGCAACCGCCGCCAGCACCUUCACGACCUGAUAGCCCUGCCGCUGCUGCUCCAACUGCGUCAGAGCCCGCGCAGGACAAAGAAACAACGACAACGACAACAACAACAACAACAACAUCAACAUCAACAUCAUCAUCAUCAUCAUCAUCAUCAUCAUCCAACCCUCCCAAGGCCAGUGAGCGGUUCGCGUCAACCAUGGCUAGACUCAGGGCCGCGCAAGCCAAAAGGGAAGAAGAAAAAAGACGAAAGGCAGAAGAGGCAGCACGGGCUGCUGCAGGAGCCGCUUAA